AUUACAUUAUUAUAAUUUCAGAAAGAAAUGAAACAGGUUUUCAGAUAAAAACGUCGAUUUUUUGGCACUGCCACUAAAAUAAAUUAUGUCGAAGAAAAUCCAUAAGAUAAAUUGUGAAAAUAUAAAAAACUGUACUGAAACCAUUCAACAAUCACUAAGAUCAAUUUUCCACAUGGAAACCAUAAACCUAUACUUCCCAUCUAAACCUAGAGUUUCCCUGGAGACAAGUGAGUUGGUAGAAUCCUGAUCCUGCGAGUACCAUGAGGAUCCUACAGGAUCCUACAGGAUGGAUUGGAGUAUAGUUCCAAACCUGGGACAAAUCCUAGAGGAUCUUCGUCUUGAGGUUGUAGCGUACACUCAUAAGGAUUUUCUGCCAACUGAAAAUAUUCUUACUGAGAUUUUUAAAAAGUGUUGCAGUUCUCUAGGUUUAGUAAAGAGAUUGAAUCCAUUUCUUCAACUUAUCAUUGGAGCAGUCGUCUUCUCUUUCUGGAUUCUUCUUGCACUCAAACUCUUCCAAUCCAUUACAAUCCCAUGCUAUGCAUCUGGGGAGAGGAUGGAUGAUAAAACCGUCCUGAUCACUGGUUCAAACAGAGGGAGAGGGUUGGAGGUAGCCAGGGAGCUGGCCAGUAGAGGAGCAAGGAUUAUACUGGCUUGUAGGAAUAUGCAGAGAGGAGAGGAGGCAAUGAAAUUUAUCAGGAAAACUGCCAACACAACUAGACUCAGUCUUGCCAAAAUUGAUUUCUCUGAUAUGAUGAGUAUUCGAAAUCUUGCUCAUCAAGUCCUGUCAAACGAAACCAGACUUGACGUUCUCAUUUGUAAUGGGAGCGUAUCCUUAGACAGGUUGUACAGAACAGAAACAGGAGUAGAAGUUCACCUUGCAACAAACUAUCUUGGUUUCUUUCUUCUCUCAAACCUUCUUCUUUCUCUUCUUUCUUCCUCAGACGGACGAAUUUUACUGCCAGCCGGUCAGGACCUAUGGUCUGCGGACCUGGAGAUAGAUAAUCUAAACUCAGAACUCAGAUUUAACAAGAAGACUGUGUUUGCAAACUCCCAGCUAGCCAACCUAUUGUUUACUCGUCAGCUGGCGGUGAGAUGUGCUGCUGCUAAGAUACCUGUUGCUGUGAAUUGUUAUGAUAUUGGUAAACAAAGAACUAGUUUCAACUGGUUCAGUGCCACACGAGAACAUAAUGCUGUGGAGAACAUGGUUCACCUUGCAGUAUCUAAGGAUGGGAAGGAAACUUCGGGAAAUUAUUUUACCGGGUGUAAGAUAGCCAAGGUGUCGGAGAGAGCCAGUGAUUCCGCGUUAGCGGAGAAACUAUGGAAUUUCAGUACGUUCUUCACAAAUCUACAAGAGGAAGAAAGCAUAUUCUAAACCAUGUCUUAUUAUCAUG